CAAUUAAUUCGUCUUUGCAAAGUGGAAUUAAUUCAGUGAGUGUAUAUAAAGACGCUAUUCAAUUUACGUGCGGAUUGAAGUCGUUGAUCAUGACAGGAUUAGUGCGGUUGUUAUUGUUUCUUUGCUUUGCAUCCAUCUGCAAGAAUGCAUGGUGCGAUUAUGGUCAUCGCCGUGAUGAGAUUAUCGCCAAUGAGAAGCAUAUGGCUGUUGGGGGAAAAGUGAAACUGACCAAAGAAGAGAGUAUCGUUAAUGACCAGUUGCUAAAUAUGAAGCAAUCAGAGUUUCAACACUUUGAGGUGCCCGUGACAUUUCCGCAACUAAAAUGGAAAUUGGAGGACUCCAAGGUAUUGCAUUUCAUCAAGGAUUUACCUAAAGGAGCAUCUUUGCAUAAUCAUAUGCUGGCAGCCACCAGCUUGGAUUAUCUGAUACAAAACAUAACAUAUAGAGAUAAUUUGUAUGCGUGUGAGAACUUCAAUGAGAAUAAAUUCAAAUUGAAAUUUUUCCAAGUCCCUAACAGCGAUUGCAACUGGAAAUCCGUCGCCGAAUUGCGAAGAACCAAUAAAAACUACGAUGCCUAUCUAGUGGAGAAAUUGAGUAUUGAUAGUCCUAAGAGCAGCAGAGAAGCAGCUCAAAAGUUGAGCACUUAUUUUACUGCCGUCUUCGACAUGUUGACCUAUCGCCAAGUUUUUGAAGAAUACUUUUACCAAGCAAUGAUGGAAUUGUACGAAGAUAAAGUUAUCUAUGCAGAAUUCCGUGGUGUCUUUAUGGAGCUAUACGAAUUGAACGGAACAGUUUGGGAUCCGAUGACUUCAUUGAGAAUCAUGCAGAACACCGUGCAAAAAUUUGUAACGGACAGCAAUGGCAAGUUCUUAGGUGCCAAGUAUAUAUUUGCUGUAUACAGGAAAAUCUCAAGAGAUAAACUGCUCGAGUAUAAGAUGCAGCUGAACGAAGCCGUCAUGAGAUAUCCAAACUUCAUAGCAGGCUUUGAUCUGAUAGGUUACGAAGACGCGGGUUGGCCUCUGAAGAAUUUCACAAGAGAAUUGAAGAAUCCCAGUGUGCCUUACUACUUCCAUGCAGGAGAGACUAACUGGUAUGGUAACGAGGCUGAUAACAAUAUACUGGAUGCAAUUUUGUUAGGUGCGAAGAGAUUGGGACAUGCUUUCUCCCUCGCCAAACAUCCGAGACUCAUGCAGAUGGUCAAGCAGGAACACAUUGGCUUGGAAAUAUCGCCGAUAUCAAAUCAAAUGUUGGGUUUCAUAUCGGAUUUCCGUAAUCAUCCUGGAGCUGUCUAUAUUGCGAAUGGUUUGCCUGUUAUCAUAUGCAACGACGAUCCAACCCUUUGGAAAACGAAAUCUUUGCUAUACGACUGGUACAUAGUUUUCAUGGCUAUGACGAACAAGGAUGCUGGCAUGGAAACUCUGAAGGAAUUUGCUUUGAACUCUCUGUACCAUAGCUCAUUGAAGGGAUCUGAGAAAACUAGAGCGCUGAAGAUAUUCGACGAUCAAUGGCAGCAGUUUGUACAGCAAUGGUUGCGCAUGUUUUCAGCAAUCCUAUGGAUGUUUAAAAUGUAAAAUAAUGUGAUUUUAAUUUCCUAUAUUAAUGCUAGCAAUAAAAGAUCUUUUUGAGAGAAUAG